UUACUGUAGUAUAAGAGAUAAGAAUUAAUAUGUAGAAAAAUUGGUCUUUUCCCUAUCUCAAGUGUUUACAUAAUAAUAAAAAACAAAAUCUUCAAAUCUCCUGUACUUGAUCAGUUAAUCCUUUUACACGCAUCUGUCUAUGUCCUAUUCAUACUUCGUGAUGUUUUGUGUCUGACUACCGCGUUCUUAAAAAUGUUUCAAGAAGAAUUCUUAAAUGACAUAAACAAGUUUGAUAUCGAGUAACAGAAAUAUAUUCGAUAACGGUGUAUAAAGAGAUUAGCACUCAAUUUGCAAUUCAUCUCGUCUCGUUGUAACGGUAGCAUCAGCAUCAAACAGCAGGAACAGUCAAGUGUCAGCGGUGUCAGCUAGUAUACAUCUACAUUGAAAAAAAUACAAACGUGUUGCACUGUACUUGACACGAGAAUCGUUUAUAUUCGGUACUUAAUUAUACAUUAAUAAACAUGGAUCAAUAUAAUUUAUUGUCAACUAAAGUCGGUUUCAUCGGCGGGGGAAACAUGGCAAGUGCUAUCGGCGCUGGUUUAAUUCGUAAAGGCAUUUUAAGUCCGAACAACGUUUGGGUCUCCGCCCGUACAAAUAAAACUCUAGGCUUUUGGAAUGAUCUGGGUGCACAUGCAACAUUAAAAAAUGGAGAAGUGGUAGACAAUUGUGAAAUCAUAUUUUUGGCAAUGAAACCCCAUAUGCUGGAUGAUGCACUCAGUGGUAUCUUGUCAACGAUAACAAAGAAGGGUUCACAUAUACUGUUUGUCUCAGUUCUUGUAGGAGUCACGUUGGAGACUUUAGCUAGUAAACUAAAAGCUAUCGUCGCAUAUCCUAGAAUAGUCAGAUGUAUGCCCAACACUCCAAUGAUGGUUGGAGAAGGAAUAACAGUGUACUGUUGCAUGAACACAACGGAUCAAGACGAAACUAUGGUGGAAACGUUAUUUUCAUACAUCGGCAUGGCAGAACAUGUUCCCGAGUCUCUUAUGAACGCUAUAGGUGGUCUUUCAGGAUCUGGUCCUGCUUAUGCAUACCUCGUUAUAGAAGCAUUGGCAGACGGUGCUGUCAAGAUGGGAGUUCCAAGACCGAUGGCAACUAAAUUUGCAGCACAAGUAUUAGUCGGAGCUGGUAAAAUGGUUUUAGAGACUGGCAGGCACCCUGGCCAGUUGAAGGACGAAGUAUGCUCGCCAGGAGGUACAACUAUCACAGGAGUUCAUGCCAUGGAGACUGGACAAGUCAGAGCUUCCAUGAUGAAUGCAGUUGAAGCUGCAGUGAAAAAGGCAAACGAGUUAACUUCUAAGAUAAAAUAAACUUUAGUGUGAAAGAUUGAAGCUGGGUAAAUGGUGAACAUAAAUUAUGUUAUUUUUCGUAUAAUAUUUUUAUAAGAUGUGAUGUACUUUGACGAUGUAAACAGUGGGAGUAAAUGAAAGGGUUAUAUAAUAUAUAUUAUAUAAUAUA